AUGCUGAAGCUCCUUACACCGGUUAUGGAGUUUGCGCCACACGACGAUGGGAUCAGGGAAAACCUCGGCCAAGCCAUUGCAGCGCUGGCGCAAAGGAAUGAACUUUUAGUGGUGGCAGACGUUGACGAGUUCAUAUGGGAAUACUAUGAGCGCCGCAACCAGGUUCAAGAAUUCACAACUAAACUAUCAUGGAUACUCAGGCUAUUGUCUUCUUCAUUUCAUCGAAGAGCUGCUGACAUUGUACCGCUGCUGGCUAUUAAUGGAGGUCACAGUGUCAACGCUACCGUCAAAGUACGUUGGAACAAGAAAAUCUACACGGCCAAGAUUGUUCACAUUUCAACGAAAGAUCAAUGGGAAAAGGAGAUAGGAGAUGUGACUGGGGACGGAAAACUGGUAGAGAUAUUCUUCACAGUUGGUGAAAGCAGCUUCAAUCCUCAGGAUGGCAUUGACACUGGAACGGAAAGCAACAACGGCGCAACUGACACAAUGGAGCAAAUAAAGGCAGGGGUCUUCGAGCUGGUGGAGCAGAUGACGCAAAUGAAAGAUUCAUGGCAGGCGGCUUCCACGAUAUCGGAAAAAAGAUUGAUGAAGUAA